GAGGGCCGGGUUGGAUGGUGGAACUGUGAGAGACAUUGGAUGACUUUCAGUGCGUCACUACAGUAGGAUUGUUCAUUUAUUUUAUAAACUCUCCUUUUCCUCGAAACAUGGAGGCUCUUAUCCCAGUAAUAAACAAACUUCAGGAUGUCUUCAACACAGUGGGCUCCGAUGUUAUCCAGCUGCCGCAGAUUGCUGUUGUAGGAACACAGAGCAGUGGAAAGAGCUCCGUUUUGGAGAGCUUGGUGGGGAAGGACAUGCUUCCCAGAGGCACAGGGGUGGUGACUCGGAGACCGCUCAUCCUACAACUGGUGAACCUGUCCCCAGAGGAUCGACGCAAAGCUGCAGGAGAAGAAAACGACCCCAACACAUGGAAAAAUGGACGCCUUUACAAAGGUGUUGAAUCUGAAGAAUGGGGCAAGUUUCUGCACACAAAAAACAAGAUCUACACAGAUUUUGAUGAAAUCAGACAAGAGAUAGAAAAUGAAACAGAAAGGAUUACUGGAAACAACAAGGGAAUCAGUGCCGAGCCCAUUCAUCUCAAGAUCUUCUCUCCUCAUGUUGUGAACCUGACUCUGGUGGAUCUGCCAGGGAUUACAAAGGUUCCUGUUGGGGAUCAGCCAAAAGACAUUGAAAUCCAGAUCCGAGAUUUAAUUCUGCGUUACAUCAGUAACCCCAACAGCAUCAUCCUGGCUGUGACGGCCGCCAACACUGACAUGGCCACCUCGGAGGCGCUGAAGGUGGCCAGGGAGGUGGACCCUGAUGGAAGGAGGACCCUGGCGGUCAUCACCAAAUUGGAUCUGAUGGAUGCAGGCACUGAUGCCAUGGAUGUGCUCAUGGGCAGAGUCAUUCCCGUGAAACUGGGAAUUAUAGGCGUUGUCAACAGGAGUCAGUUGGAUAUCAAUAAUAAGAAAAUCGUGGCAGAAGCCACCCGAGAUGAAUAUGCCUUUUUGCAAAAGAAGUAUCCUUCUCUAGCCAACAGGAAUGGAACCAAAUACCUGGCCAGGACUCUGAACAGGUUGUUAAUGCAUCACAUCCGCGACUGUUUGCCCGAGCUGAAGACCAGAAUCAAUGUGCUGGCUUCCCAGUACCAGUCACUGCUCAACAGCUACGGGGAGCCGGUGGAGGACAAGAGUGCCACGCUGCUGCAGCUCAUCACCAAAUUCGCUUCCGAGUACUGUCACACCAUCGAGGGGACCGCCAAGUACAUCGAGACCUCCGAGCUGUGUGGUGGCGCUCGGAUUUGCUACAUAUUUCACGAGACCUUUGGCCGAACAUUAGAAUCGGUGGAUCCUCUAGGUGGACUUACUACCAUAGAUGUCCUAACUGCCAUCAGAAACGCAACGGGGCCCCGUCCUGCUCUGUUUGUUCCUGAAAUCUCCUUCGAGCUGCUCGUGAAGCGGCAGGUGAAGAGGCUGGAGGAGCCAAGCCUGCGCUGUGUGGAGCUGGUGCACGAGGAGAUGCAGAGGAUCAUCCAGCACUGUAGCAACUACAGCACGCAGGAGCUGCUGAGAUUUCCGAAGCUCCAUGAUGCUAUAGUGGAGGUUGUCACAUCACUCCUGAGGAGGAGGUUACCAGUUACCAAUGAAAUGGUGCAUAACUUGGUGGCUAUUGAACUAGCCUACAUCAACACAAAACACCCAGACUUUGCAGAUGCCUGUGGGCUUAUGAACAGCAACAUAGAGGAGCAAAGGCGUAACAGAAUGAGGGAGAUGCCACCCUCUGUACCUCGUGAUAAGUCCUCCAAAGCUCCUAGCGGGCUCCCUCCUGCCUCCAUGGAGCUCUCCUCUGCUGCUGCCACUGCGGCCGAUGGCACCAAGGGAGGCCCAGGUGAUGGCACCCAGGACACUGGCACCGGUGGCUGGAGAGGAAUGGUGAAAGCAUCCAAAUCCGAAGAUGGCACUUAUGAAGAGAAGACCAAGUACAUGACUUCACUUCCGGCUAGCCCUCAGAAGGGCCAUGCUAUAAACCUGCUUGACGUGCCGGUGCCAGUGGCCAGGAAACUGUCGGCCAGGGAGCAGCGCGACUGUGAGGUCAUCGAGCGGCUCAUCAAGUCCUAUUUUUUGAUCGUCAGGAAGAAUAUUCAGGACAGUGUCCCGAAGGCCGUGAUGCACUUCCUGGUGAACAACGUGAAGGACAACCUGCAGAGUGAGCUGGUGGGGCAGCUGUACAAGACCCUGCUGCUAGAGGACCUGCUAACAGAGUCAGAGGACAUGGCCCAGCGACGCAACGAGGCCGCCGAUAUGUUAAAGGCCCUACAAAGAGCCAGUCAGGUUAUUGCUGAAAUCCGUGAGACGCACCUGUGGUGAGUGAGGGCUCCCCACGGUGUCAGAGUUCCCCGUUGAAGACACCAAUGACUUGAAUGCUCCAGACUUGAAAAUCCACUGCUGUCUAAUCAUGUACCGGGCUGAAUUUUACUUAUGGACUCUCAGCUACAUAAAGGGAUUCACAUAUCACCUACGUAACAACCUUACUAUCAGUCAAGAACUUUUCAUAUUUCAGUAUAUAUACAGUACAAAUAAAUAUAAGGCUUAUUGUAGUGUGGCUUACAAAUAAAAAAUGUGGUUUCCUUAUGCAGCGCAACAUUAAAAAAAGUGAAAAUAUUAAACUGUUGUGUGUACGGCUUUCUUGAGCCAUUUGUGUUCGGCUGGGGCUUAAUUAUCCCACUGAAAGUUUUUAAAGGGGUAUCGCAAAGGAGAUAAGUCCAUAAAUGUUGAACUUCCAUUCACUAUACAGGUCUCAGAUGUUCUGAGAGAAACACAUGUUCCAAUAACCUUUAUUUUUAUUUUUAAAAUGAUUACUGAUACAAUACUCACCUUGCAUGCCUUACUUUCAGACAGUCUGUUAAACAGGGAAUUACUUUGAUCUUGCAUCAAAUAUACAUGUGAUGUUUGUUAUUUCACCUGGAGAGUUAAAUUCUCAGUCCUUUCAACACCUUCUUUCCUGCCAUUAACCAACCAGCUGCUUCCCCUUUUGAUUGACAUGCUUUGGCCCAGCUGAAAGUGCAGAUGGUAAAUGACGCAGGAAGUGCAAUGAGAAGAGUCUAUAGGAGGCUAGGGGUGCAUGACAAAAGUUUGAUGAAGAUUGGUGCAAAAUGAAGGCAGUUAUUGUGAGACAGACACUCUCAGCAUAUAACUUAUUUUUAAACCAGAAUAUUCUUAUUGUUUUAACUUCUAGACAAAUUGGAACAGGUAUGAAAUAUUACAGUUACCUUAUCUAAUGUGUACUGGCCCCAGUAAGAAAUACCUGAAAAAGAAACCCCACACAGAGCAAAUGUGGUAUUUCUUACAUCCACUAGAGGGCAGGGUGUUGCAGUAGGGGGCAGGAGAUAAGAUAAGUUUGAGAGCUUUGUUCAGGCUAUAGGGUUUGCAUUACAAAAUGAAUCUCUUGGUAUAGAUGUGAAUACAUUACUGUGAUAUAUAAUACCUGUACCAAGUUGUUUUUCAAGCUUUCAGAUUUAAUAAGGUACAAUGUUCUGUGAUUUGUGUUUGAGUGCAGUGAAUUCAGAGGUAAACAUUCCAAAUUCUAAAAUAAAGAACUUGGCAGACCUCAAUGUUUAUUAGAAUUCAGAAUGUUUACCCCCUUGUGCGUUUACACUUAAACAAAUUAUAGCUAACAUAUACUUUUUUUUAUUACAAAAUAUUUUAAAACAGCAGAACCUGAGCAACAUAUUUUUUUUAUUCACACCAUUGACUAUGAGAAUUAAACAUUUAAUUAUCAUAAUUGUAGAAAAGCAUGCAAGCAUAAUUGAAACCCAUCUUCCUGCCAAUCCCAGGGUAUGUCACUCUGGUAGCUGCUUCUCUGUUCCACUCCACCUCCCAGUAACAGCAAGCACCACCCUCCCU